AUAAAGCAAAGCAAGUAUAGUAUCCGAAAUAGUUGCUUCAUUUUCUUCUUCUUUUUAUCGUUUGUCCUCUAGUCACCCAAUCUUUUUGUCUCUUUCUCUCUCUCUCCCUCUCCCUGACAUAGCAGAGCAGAGAGCGAGCGAGGAAGAAGAACAAGAGCUAUUGACCCACCCAGCACCUACAACACCGUUACUGUUAGUUAUUAGUUAUUUAUUUUCAACAAUCUUCAAAUCCCAUUCUUUCUUUUACUCUUUUUUUCAUUUUCAUUUUCAUUUUCAUUUUCAUUAUCAAACCCCCCCAAACCCAAACCCUAGCCCCCCGUUUCGUUCUUCUUCGUUAUUGGCAAAUGCCGCAUAUCGUUUGAUUCGAUUCCUCUACGGAGUUUCGCCUUCGCAGAGUUAGGGUUAGGGAAUUGACUCGUAUGGAAGGGAACACGAACGCUGACAUGUUCAGAGCUUCUCUGGGAGCGGGAGCAUCGUCAUCGCCGUCGUCUUCUUCUUCUAAUUCAAGAAGAUACGGAAUUUUAUCUGCGUCCAACAUUAUUCAGGCACCGUUAUCGGCGUUGUUGGAGUAUUCCGGUAUUCUUACCACCACCACAGCCGCCGCCGCUGCCAGGUCUAAUCGCCACCAACCUAACCCUGAUGCCGCCCCCAAUGACGGUGAGGUCUCCAUUAGGAUCAUUGGGCCGGCGGAACACGACCAUCAUAAUAGAGAGGAACAACCACAACCUCCUUCUGGUGGUGGUGGUGGUUUGGUGGUGGGACUUUCCCAUUCCCAGAAUGAUGCCGCGUUGCUCUCUUCCUCUCCUCAGGGAGAUGUAGAAGGUGUUUCACAGAUGGGAAAUGGAAAUGGAAAUGAAAAUGUUGACGCUGAAGCUGGUGGCGAUGGAGUUGGGCCCAAUGGGAGGGAUUCUUCCUACCAGAGAUAUGAUAUUCAGCAUGCAGCCAGGUGGAUUGAGCAGGUCUUGCCUUUUUCUUUGCUUCUCUUGGUGGUCUUCAUCCGGCAGCAUUUGCAAGGCUUUUUUGUUACAAUUUGGAUUGCUGCUGUCCUUUUCAAGUCAAAUGACAUUCUACGGAAACAAACAGCCCUGAAGGGAGAGAGAAAAAUACCUAUUCUGAUUGGAAUUUCUGUUGCAUUCGCACUUCACGUGGUUGGUGUUUAUUGGUGGUAUCAGAAUGAUGAUCUUGUGUAUCCGUUGGUCAUGCUUCCUCCCAAAGAUAUACCACCUUUCUGGCAUGCUAUCUUCAUCAUCAUGGUGAAUGAUACUUUGGUCCGCCAGGCUGCAAUGGUAUUCAAGUGUAUAUUGUUAAUGUAUUACAAGAACAGCAGAGGCCGAAAUUAUCGUAAGCAGGGGCAAAUGCUGACUUUAGUUGAAUACCUCCUCCUGCUUUACCGUGCAUUGUUGCCAACACCGGUUUGGUAUCGUUUCUUCCUGAACAAAGAAUAUGGAAGCCUCUUUUCAUCACUGAUGACAGGAUUGUAUCUAACAUUUAAGCUCACAUCUGUUGUUGAAAAGGUGCAAUCAUUCUUUGCUGCAGUGAAGGCAUUGUCGCGAAAAGAAGUGCACUAUGGGGCUUAUGCAACAUCAGAGCAGGUCAAUGCAGCUGGUGAUCUUUGUGCUAUUUGUCAGGAGAAGAUGCAUGCCCCAAUCUUACUUCGAUGCAAGCACAUUUUCUGUGAAGACUGCGUAUCAGAGUGGUUUGAGAGGGAAAGGACCUGCCCAUUGUGCAGGGCUUUGGUAAAGCCUGCAGACCUCAGGUCCUUUGGUGAUGGCUCUACUAGUUUGUUUUUCCAGCUAUUCUGAAAUCUUAUCAUACAAGCCAGGAAGUUUUUUCUGCUUUGAAGCUUUACUUUUUCGAAGCAGCAGUCCUGAUCUACAUACGUCAACACAUGUAAAAUUCACCGGAGGCAUUCGCGGGGACACUCUGAGAAGAUGAAUGCAGCUAAAUAUAAUUAAACUGGUCAACUAUUCAUAUAAUGUACUAGCAAGAGGUUAAGUGUAUCUAAAUGAUCCUGUAAACUAGGAAGUUGAUUGAAAAUAUAAUUAAAUGUGACUCUUCAUUUACAAGGAAUGAAGGUCGCUUUUGCCUAAUUGCACAGGAAGUCUAUGAUGUCAUAUAUCAUGAAUCAAAGCAAUUUUAACCAUUUUUCAUAUUC